AUGACCGCACGCUCUCUCCCGUUCCGCGACAUCAACGUCCAUGCUUCAAUAACACAUUAUGCCUUCACCUCCCCUUCCUCCCCCUCGGCCUCGACAUUGGUGGUGGACCGCCCUUCCGGAGACCUGCGCUUAAGUGAUGGGGCAUUGUUGGGCGGGAAGCGUGUCUCCAGCAUUGCUGGAAUCCUGGGCAUGAUCAAACUGAGGCUGGACAAAUACAUCAUUGUUAUCACAAAGGCCCAGCCCAUGGGCAGAUUAAAGGGCCAUAUGAUUUACAAGGUCAUUGCUACCGAAUUCCUUCCUCUCCGCGAACGGCCGCUCCACGACCCCGACGAAGACACGUAUCUUGCCUUGCUCAAAACUUUCAUCAAGUCAGGACCCAUGUACUUUUCCUAUUCAUUCGACAUUACCAACACCUUUCAACGCCAAUCCCAACUUGAUCCUUCCCAACCUUUAUGGAAACGUGCCGAUGACCGCUUCUUUUGGAAUAGAUUCAUACAAUCCGACCUCAUCAACUUCCGAACAUCAGGGACCCGGCACCAGCAUGGCCAGCAGCCAGGUGUGGAUCCGUACAUCUUACCCGUCAUGUUCGGCAUGCUCGAAAUUAUACCUACUAGUAUAAAGGGUACCCCUAUUACCAUAUCCCUCAUCACACGACGGUCACGGCAUCGAGCAGGGACCAGAUAUUUCUCGAGAGGGAUUGAUGAGCAGGGACAUGUUUCGAAUUUCAACGAGACGGAGCAAAUCAUUGUGCUAAAUGACAACACCAGUGGGUUAGGAGGUUUUGCGGGCGGCGGCGGGAUGCAAAAUGGCAAGGUUGGCGGAACCGGUGGAAAAGAGACCCAGAUCAGUUCAUAUGUGCAAACUAGAGGAAGUAUUCCCGUUCUUUGGGCAGAGGUUAACACGCUGCACUACACACCUAAACUUCAGAUACGUGGGGUGGAGUCCGCAGCUUCAGCCGCUAGAGCACACUUUGACGAACAGAUUCGACUCUACGGCGACAACUUCUUGGUCAAUCUUGUGAAUCAGAAGGGUCGAGAGCAGAGGGCAAAGGAGGCAUACGAGCAGAUGGUGAAAUUACUCGUCACGUCGCCCAGAGAAACGAGUCAACAAGAUAAUAUCACCGAUGAAAAGUUCCGCAUAAUCGAACCUGGGGGGCGGCAGGAGAUGGAUCGAUUGCAUUAUAUCUAUUUCGAUUUCCAUAAUGAGACUAAGGGGCUAAAAUGGCAUCGGACACAACUAUUGCUCGAUCAACUCAACGACGCUCUAGAGCGACAGCAAUACUUCCGUGGUGUUGAUAUGCCUGCCUCCUUCGAAGGACAACUCGAGGUCCGUAAUCACCAAACAAGCGUCGUCCGUACAAACUGCAUGGAUUGCCUGGACCGGACCAAUGUUGUGCAAAGCAUGCUGGCACGGUGGGUACUAAACCGUCAACUCACCGACCUAGGAAUUCUCGCCCAUGGCGAGACCUUCGGGUCGGACGCUGGAUUUGAACUUCUAUUUCGCAAACUGUGGGCAGACAAUGCGGAUGUCGUCUCAAAGUCUUACUCUGGAACAGGGGCCUUGAAGACUGAUUUUACGCGCACGGGUUUGCGCACGAAAGCAGGUGCGAUGCAAGACUUGCGAAAUUCCAUCACGCGAUACGUAAAGAACAACUUCUUGGAUGGUCCACGACAGGAUUCUUUCGAUCUUUUCCUCGGUACCUACCUGCCUAGCACUUCACCACACAUGGUUUUUGCAGAUAGGCGACCACUACUCAUUCAGAGCAUUCCUUACAUUCUGAGUUUCAGCUUCUUCUUUGUCCUUGUCGGCAUCUUUACUCGACGCUUGCCCGACGGUGCGGUAUUACCAUUGAGAAUGUUUAUUUUGUUUUGGUUCGUCGUUGGGUGUUGGUGUCUUAGCUUCAUUUAUAGCAACGGAAUGCUUUAUGUUAAUUGGCCUAAAUUGAACCCCCGGCCUUGGGCAACAGAAGGCUACCACGAGACCAUCAAGAACGUGCAGAAAGAUAAAGUAAUUGGACCCUUAGUCGCAAGACACGAACGAGGCCUCAGUACUGCUCGGUACACAAAUGCGGAGGAGGGUAAGAAGAGGAUCGAAUGA